GCUAAUGUUAGGCUAGUCAGCUGUAGCUAGCUAGCAUUAGGGUUCAUGUCGGCGUGCAGGGGUGUAGAAUGAACAGCACGCACGCGGCUCACGAGGGAUACGACUUCAUUCCGCUGGUGUCGCGUGGUGUCGCCGUCGCACCGCUGUUGCCUCACGCCGGGCCGCUCUCCCCCGGGCUGGCUAGCUAGCUAGUUAGCAUCUCCGGCUAGCCACAGCGGCGUAUGGGUGCCAAAGUUAGCCGAGACUUCCCCUGGUGCCUGGUGGCCUGAUCUCACGUUUCGGACACGUCAAGGUUCCUCAAAUCCGUAUUCUGAUUUUGGGGGCAGUGAUGUCAGAGCCUAAGACCCCCACCCCUACCCCAGCUGGUGACACAUACAAAGGAUGGGUCUUCAAGUGGACAAAUUACAUCAAGGGUUAUCAGCGGAGGUGGUUUGUCCUCAGCAACGGGCUGUUGUCAUACUACAGGACCCAGGCAGAGAUGGGCCACACAUGUCGGGGCACAAUCAACUUGGCCACCGCGACCAUCACGGUGGACGACGCCUGCAACUUUGUCAUCUCCAACGGGGGGGCGCAGACGUAUCACCUGAAGGCCAGCUGUGAGGUGGAGCGUCAACGCUGGAUCACUGCCCUCGAGUUGGCCAAAGCAAAGGCAGCUCGCAUGCAGGCGGAGUCAGAUGACUCCGGGGAUGACUUCUCACACUCAUCUGCUCCAGUGGCGCCCGGCCAAGGUGGCGGCUCUCAGAACUCAGAGGUCCAGACUGCUCUCAGAACACUCGGCAGCAAGGUGGAGGACCUCAGCACGUGCAAUGACCUGAUCUCCAAGCAUGGCUCUGCCCUCCAGAGGUCUCUGUCAGAGCUGGACAGUUUGCGCCUGACUGGAGAGGCUGGGGAUAAGAUUCGACAGGUCACAGAAAGGGCCACGCUGUUCCGCAUUACCUCUAAUGCCAUGAUUAAUGCAUGCAGAGACUUUCUGAAUCUGGCUCAGGCUCACAGUAAGAGGUUGCAGAAGGCCCUGCAGGCAGAGCGGGAGCAGAGAGUCAGGCUGGAGGAGACUUUAGAGCAACUGGCCAAGCAGCACAAUCACCUGGAGCGGGCGUUCAGAGGGGCGUCGCAGGCAAAUGCCACAGCAGAUAAUAAAGGUGCUGCCGGGCCGGGAAAAGGCGAGGCCAGUGACGAGGAAGAUGACAAUGAAUUCUUUGACGCUAUGGAGGAGGCUCCAGAAUUUAUCACUGUACCUGCAGAUCCACAGUUUCACAAAAGGUCUAGCAGUAAUGUCAGCGGUUUCAACAGUGAAAUGUGUCCUGAUGAUCAGUCGCUCAAUGAGGAACCUCUCGCCAUAAACCCGGAAUCCCCUUCUCAGGAGCUGGUGCCCUUGAAGAAGAGGCGAACACGCAUCCCGGACAAACCCAACUACUCCCUCAACCUGUGGAGCAUCAUGAAGAACUGCAUCGGCAAAGAGUUGUCCAAGAUCCCGAUGCCUGUGAACUUCAACGAGCCCAUCUCAAUGCUGCAGCGGUUGUCGGAGGACCUUGAGUACCACGAGCUGCUCGACAAGGCCGGCAAGUGCCAGAGCUCCCUGGAGCAGAUGUGCUACGUGGCUGCCUUCUCCGUGUCCUCCUACUCGACCACCGUCUACCGCACGGGCAAGCCCUUCAACCCCCUGCUGGGAGAGACCUACGAGCUGGACCGCCGGCGAGAGAGCGGCUACCGCUCGCUCUGUGAGCAGGUGAGCCACCACCCUCCUGCAGCAGCACAUCAUGUGAUUUCUGACCGUGGCUGGACUCUGAGGCAGGAAAUCACUGUUGCCAGCAAGUUCAGGGGGAAAUAUCUGUCAAUCAUGCCUUUAGGCACAAUUCAUGCAAUCUUCGAAAAAGGCAACCAUCACUACACAUGGAAGAAAGUGACCACCACAGUGCACAACAUCAUUGUCGGAAAACUGUGGAUCGAUCAGUCUGGAGAGAUAGACAUAGUGAAUCACACCACUGGAGACCGCUGUCACCUGAAGUUUGCUCCUUACAGCUACUUCUCCAGAGAUGUGGCCAGGAAGGUGACCGGUGUGGUGAUGGACAAAGACGGCAAAGCUCACUACGUGCUGUCAGGGACGUGGGAUGAGAAGAUGGAGUUCUCCAGAGUGAUGCAGAGCACUCGAGGUGGAGAGAACGGAACGGAGGGCAAACAGAAGACAGUGUACCAGACCCUUAAAGCCAGAGAGGUCUGGAGGAGAAAUCCUUUACCUGACGGAGCAGAGACCAUGUACUACUUCACCGCCCUGGCUCUGACCCUAAAUGAGUCCGAGGAGGGCAUGGCACCCACCGACAGCCGCCGCCGGCCUGACCAGCGCCUGAUGGAGGACGGUCGCUGGGAAGAGGCCAACGCCGAGAAGCAGCGGCUGGAGGAGAAGCAGCGCAGCGUCCGGCGUGAAAGAGAGAGGGAGGCCGCCAGCCAGCGCACCUCCAGCCAAUCGGAUGAAACUGUCGAUGAGGAUUCUUUUACUGAUCCCUCCUUAAAAAGCAAGUAUUCCUCAUUUUGUCUCACUGUCGCAUCUUCACACUUCAAUUUCUGCUCUAAUCAUCUCUAUGGAUCGAUUUCUUUCAGCUUUUUUGCCAAUUUUGCCAAUCUCUUCUCUCUUUCAGGCUCACCUUAUGACAACUACCAGGCACUCUGGUUUGAGAGCUGUGAGGACGAGAUCACAGGUGAGCAAAUCCAUCUAUAUAAGGGCGGCUACUGGGAAGCGAAGGACCACGGCAGCUGGGAGGGAUGCCAAGACAUAUUUUGACCUCGGCGUUGACUGCAAAGUGCCCUGAAGAGACUGGUCCAUCAAAACUGCCUGGUGGACUCCGACCACAGAGGCCUGCCUGCCCCCCUACUCGGCAACUGCUUCCCUCCAGCGGCUCUCUGUUCUAAGAGAUCUCCGGGACGGCCACUGCUGUCUGAUCCCGAGGGAGCAGGGUUUUCCCUCCUCGACCCCCUUUGUUGCUGUCACACAUCUGAGAAGGCUGAGAGUCUCUGUGCUGCUUUGUCCCGGGUCAGGCUGGGCAUAAAGGGGAGGAAAUGAAACCGGCAGUGCUUCCAAACGGAGAGUAGAUCCUCCUUGUAGCCUCUCUGCUCACGUCUGUUCAGUCUCUCAGAUCAGGAGCAGGAGAGGUUUUUGUGCUGAAAACAUUUUGUGCGAUAAUGUAGUGUACCUAUUGUCAUCCACAGCAAACGUGUGCUUUGGUCAUACCUCUAAAAGUGGGACUAAGACCUGGUUAAUAUAUAGAUUUAUAAAUAAAUAUGAUAAUGAUAAUUUCAGUAAAAUGUCAACUGGUGGCCUUCAAGAUGUUAGCGAGGAUUUCAUGUUUCUCACUCUCUCUGAUUCAGUGUCUUAAUGUAAUGAAGUGAAGGUUCUAGUGUGCUUGUGUGUAUGACUGCAUAUCUGUUCUUCCAUCACUUUACAUCCCUGCCACUGUGCAGUAAAAAAAGAAGUGAUUGGCCAGAGCUCUGGUUGACCAGUGUCAUGUUUUAUUGUUUUUGUUUUUAUUUUUUACCGAGGCUUAAAGGAAAUUGAUGGUGAAAAUUACAACAAGGCCUAAGCACCUGUUCUCUUUGCCUUAGAAGCAAGUAGCCUGCUCUCACUUGCAUUUACAACACAAAUGAGUCGAUACGAUCCUGAAGUGUAUCGCCGGUUUCUCGUGGAACCAUUUAAACGUGGUUUAAGAUGUACUUAAAGAAAGAAACCGUGAGCUGGUGAAGUUUUUUUUUCUUCUUUUUUUUUCCGGUGCUGAGGAAAUCUCACAUUAGUGCAGUUUUAUAUAAGAACAGUUAAUGGAAUUAUCCAUUUUCACAGCAUCGGAAUAAUGUUCAGUCAUUUUGCUAACAAAGCGAGAGGUAACUUGAUUACAUGGCAGUAUAAAUGGUGUUAAGAAGUGUUAAAUAUUUGCUGUGAUCAAUUUCUCGAUCAAACGAAAGAGCAAAGACAACAAUAACAAGUAAAUGCAGUGGUGAAAACAAACGUCACACCAUUUAUCUGCAGAAGUAUCCAAUCAUAUGCAAGUAUAUUUUGACACCAAAAACGUGAGAUACAAUGUGUGUGUGUGCAUUUCAUAAUUUUGUUUGUAAGUGUACUUAAAUAUGAAGAAUAAAUAAACAAAGAGUUUAAAAGAAAUGCAAAUAACUAUGAUUUUAUAAAUGUAUAGAAUUUCAUAUUAUAGUAUCGUUUUUUUCCCCCAGUAUUUUUGUUUCCUCACAUAUUACUCGAAGAGGACUGUCUUCACUUUCAGAAAAAAAGGGAGUUUCCAUUGAGAGGGGAGACGUGACAUUGUUCAGUAUUUUGUAUUAACAAAGAAUCUGUAAUAAACAAAUGCUGUGAUGUCAAACAAA